UUUUUUUAAAGACACACUUUUUGUUCUUACUUUUGGUUUCAUGUAUAGCAUGCAGUAGUUUGAGGUGGAGUAGCGCGUUCACGUGGUUCGGAAGCUGUGGAGAAGUUUCUCGAUCUUUCGACAGGACUUCAAAUAGGGUGGCAACUCAGCGAGAUCAGAACGGCAAGCUGACGGCGCAACACCUACGUAAGAGAGUUCAGCAAACGCUUUUCUGACUGGACUAAAAACAAGGACGCAAGGAUUGGACUAAAUACGUUUUUUGUUUAUUUUUGGAAAUCGUUAUCUUCGUGUGAAAAAGCUAAAUGGUGAAAAUGGGAAAGGAUUAUUACAGUGUUUUGGGGAUUCAGAAGGGCGCUUCUGAGGACGAGAUCAAGAAAGCUUAUCGCAAACAAGCGCUCAAAUACCACCCGGACAAAAACAAGUCGCCCGGUGCUGAGGAUAAGUUCAAGGAGAUCGCGGAAGCCUACGACGUGUUGAGUGACCCGAAAAAGAAGGACAUCUAUGACAAAUUUGGCGAAGAAGGGCUCAAAGGAGGUGUCCCUGGAGGUGGAGGAGGAAAUGGUGGUAAUUUCACCUACACAUUCCAAGGUGAUCCUCAUGCAAUGUUCUCAGAAUUUUUUGGAGGGCAAAACCCUUUCGAGCACUUUUUCGGCCGGAAUGGUGGCAUGGGUGAGGACAUGGAAACAGACGAUCCUUUUGCUAGUUUUGGGAUGGGUGGCAUGGGCGGUUUUCCUCGGUCCUUUAACACGCAUGCUCAUGGUGGUAAACUGGGGAAAAAGCAGGACCCUCCGGUGACCCAUGACUUAAGGGUGAGCCUUGAGGAAGUCUUCACUGGCUGCACAAAGAAGAUGAAGAUCUCACGCACACGCCUGAACCCAGAUGGAAGAACGACACGUUCUGAGGACAAAAUUCUUACGGUGGAAGUAAAGAAGGGGUGGAAAGAAGGAACCAAGAUUACUUUCCCCAAAGAAGGCGACGAGACGCCAACAAAUAUCCCUGCAGAUAUUGUAUUUGUUGUGAAGGAUAAACCACAUUCCGUGUACAAGCGAGAUGGAUCAGACAUCAUUUACCCAGCAAAAAUUACACUUAAAGAGGCACUCUGUGGCUGCACCGUUAACGUUCCAACAUUAGAUGGCCGCAAGGUCCCCAUAACAACUAAGGACAUUGUUCGGCCUGGGAUGAAACACCGUGUCAACGGAGAAGGUCUUCCCCUUCCAAAAUCCCCAGAUCGCCGUGGUCACCUGAUUGUGGAAUACGAGGUUAAGUUCCCUGAAAGACUGAGUCAAAGUGCCAAGGACACGAUCGCAAGUGUUUUGCCAGCUCUGAGUGUUUGAGCUCUGUUUAUAAAAACACCACUAGAAAUUCUUCUGUUACUAAUGGCUAAAAUGUGAGGUCACCUGAAUUAGGUUGACCUAAGAAAUGCAUGAUUAUUUUGCAACAUACUGCCAUUGAAAGACUAUCUGAUGAAAAUAUAGCUGGAUUUGCCUGUGUACAUUGUAAACCCAAGUUUCCUUUGGGUCUGGACCGGCAGAAAGUCCACACAUGUUCCAGCUGUGGCCUGUUGGCCAAGGUUCCUUGAGCACUACACUUGAGAUUAUAAAUGUUGUUUUUUUUCCUGAAUGUUAAGUAUUUCUAAGACACCCAAAGGGAGUUCUAAUGGAGCUGGUUGAUGUCUUUAAAAGUGAAUAACAGAUACUCUAUAAUGAUGGUCCCAAAAUGACAUCAUUUAUAGUUAUUAAGUUAAUACUGUGUGCACACUGCUUGGGUUCUUCCUCAUCUGAGUCUCUUGAUUUGUAUGUGAAUCAUCAUUUCGAGCAGGAGGUCACACAAACACUGUGAGAAUUUAAUUUGUUUUUUUUUUGUUGGGUUUUUUUUUGUUUCAAAUAAAAUGUUUCAACUGGUAAUCUCGGGGCUUCAUUUUUGUUUAAAAGAAAACAUGGUUGUUUUGUAAAUUUGGUUCUCUCACUAUAUUUUUUUUUAUUUGAACCCAUGCUGGGCAAAUAUUGGACAGAACACAUGCUGGGUUAAAAAUAACCCUAUGCUGGGUUAAAAAAAUAUCCAAUGUUUGCUUGUUGUUAUGCAACCAUGGUUUAUAAUAACACAGCAGUUGGGUUAAAACAACCAAGCAUUGAGUCAAUUUCAACCCAGCGGUGUGUUCUGUCCAAUAUUUACCCGUCAUGCAGGUAAAUAUUGGAAAAAAUAACCCAGCAAUUUUGAGCGUGCUCAUUGGUGAUUUAAUGUUGACAAAUUGCUAAAGUCUUUUUUUGAUGUGCAGGACGUACCUGUCUAUCUGAUGAUGGCUUAUUUUUAUAUAAAUAAGCUUGUUUGUCUUAAUCAGUCUAAUUUUGUUUAUAAAGCAAAAUUUUUCCUGUGGCAAUAUGGCAAUAUAACUAUACAGCCACUGGAUAGCUGUAUUGUUGUACAAAUAGAAAUAUAGAUAACACUAUUUACACAGAAUAUUCCAGCUGUUUAGUUACUGACAGUGCUUUUUUUGCUGCUAUUGUAAAAUUGGGGUUUUGUAUUACUGUUUUUUAAGGUGUUAAUUGUAUAUUUUAUUACAAAAUAAAUGUUUGUGAGUUUAAGAUAGAUGACAAAUGUGUUUUAAACGUUUACAGUCAUUAGCACAUAAAAAAAACAUUUCAAGUUUAAAAAUGCUGAUAAAAACAGUUUAACUUGUUUUAAACUGAAUUGAUGCACUCCUAAACUGUAAAACAUGACCAGUGUAGCUGUAGAUUUAAAGGACAAUUCUGUAAGUUUAUAGUUAAAUAAAUAUUUUAAAUUAA